CGUUAGUGUUUACGAAAUUCUUACACAUUCAUCGUCAAUAACGGACACAUUGUUUUGUUGGAUUAUUACAAGUUGUCAAGUUGCAAGAUCCUGGUGGCACGAGGCGCUGGAGCUUCUGAAGACGGAGUGCCGGUCUGGCGCUGUGCCCCUGCUCUCGCUGCUCCAGGGAACCAUCUAUAUGCGCGUGUACGCCUGGGGCAGCCUCGAACCACGCUUCACCGAGGAGAUACCUUAUCGGAUUUUAAAGCCAUGCCAGCAAGUGUUCACAGCUAGUGUGGAUUCGCUGGUCGAGAAAGCCAAAUGCGGAUCUGCCGAAAGCUGCUUCCUGUUUCUACACCUCGGCGACCCGGAUACUGGUCCUACAUCAUGGUUGCCAUUAACAACCAUUCGGGGCACAAAGGGCCUAGAGAAACCGGAUCUGAAGAUCACAAAAGUAUCGACAGAUACAACAAACGCCAGCACGUUCAUCAUAGACAUUUCCACAAACCGACCAGCCCCGUUCGUUUGGUUGGAAGCAACAGGUUUCAAGGGCCGUUUUUCCGACAACGGGUUCUUGUUAUGUGAGAUAACCAGUUCCGUCCGGUUUUACGCCUGGGAGACGGUUUCUGAGGAGACAUUAAGGAUAGCGUUGACAGUUACGUCGCUGAUGGAUGUAUACCGAUAGAAAAUAGGGCGCUAAGUGUCGUCCCAUAUUAGCAUGUGCAGUCCGCACAGACGAAUCAGGGACGACACUUUCUGCCUAAAUUUGAUUUUCACUUAGAAGAGACUUCCUUUAAACAAAAAACACCGUGAAAGCAGAAUAGUCGUCCGUAAUUAGCCUGAGGGGACUGCACAGGCUAAUCUGGUAUGACAUUAUAGACACAAGCAUUUAACCCCCUUUCUAAAGAGCGCGGACCGUUUGUGAGAACGUUGAAGCGUACAUCGUCACCAAAGGAUUAGACACUCCCAAUAUGCUUAAUGGUAUAAUUUGACAAGGUAGAAAGGGCAUUCAAACCCCAAUGUGACGAUCAGAAAUAAACUAUGUAAUGAGAAUGAUAGCCAGAAAUAAAAGACUACUAAAGAUAAUCCCACUUUGAUAAAAUGGGACUGGUUUUAACAUGAACGGAUUAAACCAAAUUUAGCUUCAAUGUUACAAAUCUGUAAUACUUUUGUACCAUUCCAAAAAUGGGCGCAAUUAAAAUAAGGUGAACCGGAUUGAUAACCAGAACGAUGGAAAAUUGGCUACUAAGAACUGGAAACGUGGUUUACAUGUCACUUAAAAGAAAAUCGCCGUUUUAAAACUACCUGUAGUUAAACAUAUUGUUGUAUUACAUGUUUGAAUGUGAACCACCAUUGAUGCGACACAACUCUAAACAAGAUGAUCAGGCUACCAUUCACGUGUUUUGUGUCCACAACGGUGUCAACAACCAGAAGGCGCAAUCGUAAUACAUCGAAUUUCUCCGGAAUCCUCCGUAGCUGAUUUUAGCAAUAAAUCGUCUGCGGAUCCAGACUGCCAGAAGACGUUGACUCGAAGGCUCACUCACAUCGACGAAAAUGUUGACUAUAAUAAUGGUGGUGAUUUAAUUUGUAUGAUAAGUGUUCCUACACAAUCUAUUUAUUUUGUUUGAUGUUACUGAGAAAAUUGAUGAUAAAGACUUGAAACAAUCGAA